UAUGAGAGAAAAUAUGGAGAGAAAUGAAGCAAGGGAAGGGACUAUAGCUAUUGCAAUUGACAACGAUAAAACAAGCUGCCAAGCUCUUAAAUGGGCUGUGGACCAUUAUAUACCCCGAGACGGGACAGUAAAACUCGUUCAUGUCAUCCAAAGAUCUUCUCUGAAUGCAAAUGGAUCUCACACAGAUGAUGAGUUAUCUGAUCAAAGACAACACAAUGGUAAACGAAGUUCGAGGUUUCUUGCAUUGCGCUGUCUUUGUAUGCGAAGAAAUAUACAAAGCGACGUAGUUUUGCUGGAAGAUCAGGAUGUUGCGAAAGCGUUGAUCGAAUAUAUUAGCCAGAAUUGUAUUUCCACAUUCUUGCUAGGUGCCUCAUUGAAGAAUAGCAUUACCAGGCUGUUCAAGGCUGAUGACAUUCCAAGUAAUGUGAUGAGAUGGGCUCCAGACUUCUGCACUGUAUAUGUCAUAUCAAAGGGACGACUAUCUAAUGUACGGUCAGCCACUCGGCCUUUACCUCAGGCCUUGCCAUCUCCUUCUUCAGGGACUGCACCGGUAUUGUCACCGCGCAGCAACACCGAUGAGGCUCCUUCUGAGAUGUCAUUGUCAAGAGAAGAUGACGUUUUCUUUGAAGAUUUUUCAUCAUCCCUUGACCGAGAUUCUAGUGUGAACAGUAGUAGGAGGAUCAGUACAGACAGUUCUGUUCUCUCUUUCUAUGAGAAACUUGCAACUCCACACAUGUUGGAGAUUCCUAGAUUAUCUUUAUCUGAUGAUGAGAAAUCCAAGUUUUCGAUUGAUAGUCCUUCUAAUGAAAAUUAUGGUACAUUAAUGUCCCCACUAUCGCCAGUCAAUGACGCCGAGGCUGAAAUGAGAAGGCUGAAGAAAGAGCUCAAGGAAACAAUGAACAUGUACCACGCCGCCUGCAAAGAAGCUCUUGUGGAAAAAGAGAGAGCAGCAGAGCUUGAGAUGUGGAAAAAGAAAGCAGAGCUAAGGCUUCAACUGGCUGAAGAAAAAGCAACAGUGGCUAUCAUGGAGAUGGAGAAGACGAAACUGGAAGUACAGGAGGCAGAGACGAAGGCGGUGAGAGGGAGAGGGGUUGAUGACAGAAAUAUGGGUUUUGAUGCUCUUAGUGAGUCUCAUAUAUUGGUUAAACAUGAGAGCUUGCUCCAUAUUUUAGUUGUAGUUUUCUUAUUCUACGUCUAUUUCACACUCAAAAGAUUCUCUUUCUUGUGA